GGAGCGUGGAGGGUCUUUGGCAAUCCUAUAUUAGACAUCCUCCUAGAGCACGGUGCAGUGGGUAAUCUUUUAGUUUGUCGAGUGCCGUCUUGGCAAGUCAAAGACUCGCACGCGCCACGACUACCCCACACUAUUCGGAUCUAUUGAAGAAGUUAGCUCUGGAUUCUUCCAUUCCGACGUAUAACCACACAUAGGCGGGUCACUAACAAGGAACAGACAGCGCCAGCGCCACACUUGUAGCUCGGAUUGCUUGUGGCAGACGAGGAAAGCCUUGCCUUGAGAGUCUUCAAGAACCAGCGUCGGUUACAUACACUGGCGCUCGUAAUUCCAUCAUAGACAUGAACGCAGUGGCUCCAGUACUCUCAAGCCCAGCCGUCUCAGAGAAGGCUCCCAGUUCCCAGGUUGAGGAGCGUUCAUCGACCUCGGAAAACACUUCAUCCCCUCAACCUGUAUCACUCGAUGGCGGGCUGCGAGGGUGGUGCGCUGUUGCUGGUGCCUGGUUCAUCCAGUUCUGCAUGGUCGGCACAGUUACUUCAUUUGGCGUCACACAAACAUAUUAUGCGCAGCAUUUCCUGACACGGUACACUCUGUCGGAUCUCUCGUGGAUUGGCACAGCACCACUGUUCCUUGAGUACUUCUUUGGGCUUUCGGUGGGACAACUGUUGGACGCAGGCCAUUUCCAUUGGACAGUGUUCGUGGGGACAUUGGUUUUUCUAUUCAGCUUGUUUAUGCUUUCCCUCGCGCGUGAAGGUCAAUAUUAUCAGGUCUUCCUUGCGCAAGGCAUCGGUAUGGGUGCCGGUCUUGGAAUAUGCUUUCUUCCGACAUCUGGGAUAGUGCCUAACCAUUUCACGCGACGACGAGCACUCGCCAUGGGUAUCACAACGACAGGCACGUCAGUCGGCGGCUUUUUCUUUUCGGUACUCUUCAGCCAUUUCUUGAAUGGCUCGAUUGGGUUCAAAUGGGGCAUCCGCAUCUGCGCAUUCAUAUGCCUUGGGUGCCUCAUCGCUGCGAAUCUACUCAUGCGCACACACCCAGAGGGUUGGAUUGCACCGGCGCAACAACCCUCGGAGUCGUCGUCACCGCGAAAAACGCCGCCCAUACGCGCGCUCUUCAAAAAUGUCUCCUACGUCUUGACGAUCACCUAUGGCUUUGUGGUCUGCCUUGGGCUCUGGUUCCCCAAUUUCAUGGUACAGCUCUUCGCGGAGUCGCAUGGCAUAUCACCUGGACUUUCAUCGUGGCUCCUGGCUAUCAUCAACAUUAGCAGUAUCUUUGGGCGGAUACUACCGAAUUGGCUUGCAGAUCGAUGGGGUGUCUUCGAGGUAUACAUGCCGUGUACGGCGCUCGCGGGUGUCCUUGCAAUUUUGAUGCUCGUCUGUACACACCCUGCAUCGAUCGUUGUCUUCUGCAUUCUUUAUGGUUUCUUCUCAGGGUCAGUCGUAUCCCUCUAUUUCCCUGCCGUGCUGUGCUUGGAUCCGAAUGUCGGAGAAUCAGGUGUAAGGCUCGGCCUUGCCUGCAUGCCAGUCGGGCUAGCGCUGCUCAUCGGCACGCCCAUUGCUUCCACAAUCGUCGGCACACACAAUCGGUGGUGGGCAGGCUGCGUCUUCGCUGGGGUGACUGAGAUUGGGUCGGCCGGCCUGCUCAUCAUCGCAUACUUGAACAAGCGAAAAUUGGAUGCGAGAACAGUCGCGCUGAAACCCGAUAGCGACUAGUUGGAAAUGUUUGUUGGGUCGUGAAAUAUAUUGCUCCAUUGAACAUUUGCAUU